UAUUACCAAAUAUCUUCUAAUUUAUUUAAUUUUUUCAUUAUGUUCCUUGUAGGCUAUGUUAUGUUGCUGGCAGAGAAGGGCAUUUUCCACGAGUAUUUUCAUACAUUCAUCAUAAGAACCUCACACCAGUGCCAUCAGUCAUCUUCACAGCUUUGAUGGGAAUCAUCAUCAUUAUCCCAGGGAAAAUAUCAACUUUAAUUGAUUUUUAUAGUUUCUCUGCAUGGACUGUUUAUGGAAUAGGUGCCUUUACGGUAAUAUAUUUACGGAUUACUCAACCCAAUCUUAAAAGACCUUUAAAGGUACCAAUUGUGAUCCCAGUAAUCGUUGUGAUCAUGUCAGCUUAUCUUGUACUGGCACCAGUCAUCCAGAAUCCAAAGAUAGAAUUCUUCUUUGCUUUUCUCUUCAUCUGCAGCGGUCUGCUUUUCUACUUCCCAUUUGUUUACAAGAAGAUUUCUCCACCUGGAAUAGGAAGAUUCCAGCUGUUCUUACAAAAACUGCUGUGUGUUGUGCCAAGUGAUACAAGUCCUGAAGAAGAGGAAAUGUCAGAGCUCUCAAGUGAUGCUAAAAAGCUUUAGAUUAUUUUAAGUCAUUGAAACUGCUGUUUUUUUUUUAAUGAUUUAUAUAAUGAAAUAAGUGAAAAAAAAAUCCAUCUAA